AUGAUUGAAGUCUUUGGUGCUCGAGCAAUGAUGCUUCAAGUAAGAGUUUCAAAUCAACCAGCCUUACAUUUAUAUGAAAAAACAAUUGGAUUUACUGUAACUAAAGUUUCAAAACAUUAUUAUCUUGAUGGAGAAGAUGCAUUAAUUUUGACACAUAAUUUUACAUUAGAUACUUUAAUUAAUAAGGAUUGCUCUUCUGUAGUUGUAGAUGAAUGGAAAAGAGUUAUGCAAGAACAGGAAAAUAAACAAAAAGAAUAA